AUGUUACAUGAUCAAAUCAAAGAUCCAAGUGGUUUUGUUCAUCCAUGGGUAUUCGAGUUUGAAUUGGCGUUUUUCGACAAACGCACAUUCGAUUUUAUCAAACAUUUGAUGAAACAUUGGUGGUGGUUAAGUCUUGUUUAUGCCGUAUUUUAUAUUGUUCUCGUGUUUCUCGGCCGAGCAUGGAUGUCAAAAAGAAAGGACAAAUUCGAACUACGAAAACCUCUAGUAUUAUGGAACGCCGGUCUCACCGUUUUCAGUUUUUGGGGUGCUUGCCGAUGUGUGCCAGAGCUGAUUCAUGCUUUAACACAACAUGGAUUUAUGUAUUCCAUAUGCAAUUGUUCAUAUAUGGAAGGUGUUACCGGAUUAUGGGUUUGGCUGUUUAUGGCUUCGAAAGUUCCAGAAACAAUUGAUACAUUAUUCAUUGUCUUGAGACGCCAACAGCUGAUUUUUCUUCAUUGGUAUCACCAUGCAUCUGUUCUAGUCUAUUGUUUCUACAGUUAUGCAUUAUUUGCAUCUACUGGUCGCUGGUUUGUUUCAAUGAAUUAUUGUGUACAUACAAUUAUGUAUGGUUAUUUUGCUUUGCGAGCUGCUCGCAUCCAUGUGCCUAGUUUCGUUCAAGCCACAAUCACUCUUUUACAACUCAUCCAAAUGGUUCUUGGAUUUAGAAAAGCACGUGUAGAAUUGGAUGAGAAAUGUAAAAUGUCUUGUUGUUCGUCGUCUCCGUUCGAUCGACUCCCAGCAGAAUUGAUUUAUCAUUUAUUGGAAUAUCUUGAUAUUUCCACAAUCUUCAUUUCAUUUCGUCAUGUCUGCAAACGAUUCUAUACGAUCGUGAAUUCUCAUGAUCGUUAUCAUGUCGAUAUGAGAUUGAUAUCCAAAAGUGAUUUUGAUCAUUUGUGUCGACUCAUAUCACCAGCAAAUGUUCUUUCGCUUAUUCUCAGUGAUGAUUUCAACACUCCAUAUCAAAUUCAAACAUUUCUAUCACGAUUUGCAUUACAACAAUGUUGUCAACUUCACUCGUUAACAUUAAUCAAAAUCAAUGAAAGUAAUCUGUUUACACUGUUAGUUCAUCUCUCCAAAUGUACAUUGAAAUCGUUAACAAUCGAAUGUUUUGCAUGGGAUACAUUUACUCAUACAGUUCGUUUACUUCUUUCUUCAAUCAUUGUCAAGUCCAAACUAGAAUAUUUACAUUUGAAUAUUUCCUAUCGAGAUUUAGAUGCUUUCGCUUGUUCACCACUACCAACCACAUUGAAAUGUCUUCAUCUUGAACAUUGUACAUUUCAAGAAUAUUGCAUGAUACUUCGUCACUCGAUUAAUCUACAAAAGUUAUCGUUAACAAAAUGUCUAAUGUCUAAUCUUGAUGGCAGUAUGUAUCAACCACCGGAUGAUAUUUGUCCAGUUCAUUUUCGUACAUUAUCAUUUGGUGCUUGUUUUAUUCGUAUGAAAGAGCUAUGCAUCUUACUUUCAUGUACACCAAGUGUAGAGUAUUUGAAAGUGAUUAUCUGGACGGAUUCGUGUGAUUCGGUGAUCAACGGAAAUGAAUGGGAAAAGUUUAUCAAGAAUAAAUUGAUUAAUCUGCAAAGAUUUGAGUUCUUCUUUGAUGAUUUGACUCAAGUGACUACAGAUUCGUUAGAUCUUCAGACAUACGUGAAACCAUUUGAGACACCAUUCUGGCUCAAAAAUCAUCGUUGGUAUGUGACUUGUGAUUAUAUCAAAUCAUUAGCAGGUAUUCGAUUGUAUUCACUACCGAUCUGUAAUCCAAUGUUUAUGUAUUAUACAAAUUCAUCCAAAAUAUCUCUAUCUACUUUACCAACAAGUGAAAAAGAUCACGUUGAAAUAACACAAUAUGUUAACAAUAUUAGUUUGAAUUUGAAUGAAACACUUGAACGUGGUGGAGAUAAAGCAUCGAAGAAGUCAAGUGAAAGUGUCAUGUUUCGACGACUCGAGUGUCUUUCAGUGAACUUUGAUGGAAGACAUCCAUACACAUCGUUAUCAUCUCUUCGAACACUAAUUGAUCUUUCAUCAGUGGUUCGUUUAACAAUUCAACUUCUCGUUCAUAAUUUUGCUCAAAAAACAUCGUUGAGUGAUUAUCUGUCAGCGAUACUGAGAGAAGCAUCGAACAUUCACACGCUCAAACUCACUUAUAUUCAUAGCGAAGAGUCGUUGCAUAGUACACAGAGUUUGUGUACAUUGAUUCCACAUACAGUUCAACAUCUACAGAUUUCGAUAAGUAACUUCAAGGAAAUGAAGAUGAUCUUGGAACAAGUUCCUCAACUGUUUAGUGUAACAUUCUAUUCGUCAGACAUAUCAAAUUAUUGUGAAGAUAUUGAACAAUGGCUGAAAAUGAAGAGGUCAAGAUCUUUGUGUCGACAUGGUUUACGAUGUAUCCAGAUCUGGCUUGGAAAUUGUCAUGAUCAUGAUCAAAGCAGGCCUCGGACACGACGUCUUUUCGGUCGAUUCCAUCGUAGAUCACCACCUAGUUAA